UUGAAUACCACCUUCGAAACAAGUUUGAAAAACAGUCUUAAUUUGCUAACUCUGACGACUUGUGUAUUCGUUUCUCUGGAAGGAUUGAUCUUUUAUUCAAAAUUAUUCACUGUCAAGCUCUCAAUUCCAAUUCGGGUCUACCUGAAAAUCGCAGUAUUAUUUUUCUUCGUUAAUUUGUGCAAUAAUUACGCUGUAAGGUGUAAUAUUUAUUUCCCGCUGUUUAUAAUCUUCAAAUCGGGUUCCUUAUUAGCUAAUAUCGUGUUUGGCUAUCUCUUACGAGGGCAUCACUAUUCCUUGAGAGAAGUGUUCUCCGUUGUUAUGGUCACCGGAGGUAUCGCAAUCUUCACAUUGGCAAGUUAUGAGCCAAAAACAUCAACUGCGGCGAAUACGUGGUCUGAAAUGUCCGUGUUUUUGUCCAUCCCGAUAUUUUUUAUUGGAAUUAUGUUACUCACCAUUGCUCUAACGCUCAGCGCAUAUCUCGGCGUUUGCCAAGAGGAUAUGUAUCGAAUCUACGGAAAACACGCAAAGGAGUCAAUGUAUAUGGUGCACUUCCUGUCGAUUCCUGGAUUCGCGCUUGUUGGCAGCGACAUCGUUGAAGCUUUCUAUGCAGCUAGUAACACUCCACCGAUUAGCAUGCUCGGCUGCGACAUGCUUCUACCGUCUGCCUGGUGCUGUAUUUUUGGAAUUUGCAUCCUACAGUGA